GCUAAACUUUUUUGCUUCCUUUAAACCAAAAAGGAAAAAACGAAAAGAACGCUCUUUCGACUUUUUUGUAAAGUUUACAUUUCCUCUUUGUUUUCUCAUUCUUUCGAAUGCAACCACCAUUCAAGUACCGUGAAUGAGAGAAGAUUCUGAACGGCCACCGUCCUUUUGCUACUCGAUCCGUUCGUCCAUUUCAACGUCGGCGCUGUCCACGUUUUCCGACGAAGGCUACCACUCCGAUCAGAAGCCGUCAUUUUCGUCAACGUCGUCCUUGCUUGGCGAUUUAUAUCAACAGCAAUACCAACAACACCAACAGCAUGAGCAUUACCCCGAGCAACAACAAAAACCGCUGCCGCCGCUUCCAAAUGACGAGGAGGAGGAAGAAGAAGAACAACUAAAAGACGACGGCGAUAACCACGACGCUAGUACUGAACAUGACGAUCUACCCACCUUGUUACAAAGCACACGUAUCAUUCGCAUCUCAUAUAGCCCCGCCACAUACGCAUUGAUUUCUUGCAUCAUCCUCUUAUCUCUGUAUACCCUGACGACGAUCACCAACAAAGAACAUACCUUCCCGCCGUUUUUCAUUGCCUCCAACCUCGUAUUUCACAUGACGCACCUGAUAGCACAUUGGCGCCAAUGGCUUCUCAUCGAACGCUACUGCAUCGUCUAUGGCACCACGCUGUACUGGACCGGCUGGCUACUGGGCGUCUUUGUAUUCAGCGAACGACUCAACUACGUUGAUCCAACAACACCCUUCUUUUGGGCCCUGUUACUUGAGCGACGUCAUGCAUGGGGCCUGCUACAGUGGGAAUUUACAAGCCAACUCGAAUCGUACAAGACCGAAAUCAUCGUGUAUCGGAUAUGGACGUUGCUGGGUGCCGGUAGCGCUUGGGGACUGGUCUAUAUUGCCAUGGCCAAUAUGGAUGGUUACCCAUUGCAUUAUCUGCUGCGUCCUUACAGUGUUGCCAAGUUGCUGCUGGUCAGCUCCGUGGCCGGCCUCGUCAUGAUUUGUCAUUGGAGCUUUUGGACAUUUCAGUAUCGCGGUGUGCUCUGGAAGCGCGAGGUUAGAGUACAUUUCACAAAAAGAGCGCCUGGAUGGAUGGUUGAGACAGAAGAGAAUGCUGACAUUUUAUCAAAUAAACUAGUUGCGUGAAGGCAUCGCGGUCUGGUGUAGUGAAGGCGUCACUCGUGCUGGUCAUGUUGAAUGAAAAAGUUAAAAGUCCUGAGCGACCCGUGUAUCCAUCGACAUAGCGAACGGAAUUUAGCAAGAGAAGAACCGCCAUCCAUCCAUCCAUAAACUCAUCCCAUUUAUCCGACCUACCCAUCAAACCCCAUCCGCUAGACAUUUAAUCCUUGACCCACUACCCCACCCACACUCACACAUAUCUUCUGCUCCAUUCUCCUUCUAUUCCUUGUUCUUCUAAAACUAACUCAUUAUUCUGUAUAUUCCAUCUAUAUCCGCACCAUUUUUUGAUCCAAAAGAAACUAUUACUCUUAUCAUCAUUAUAUUCCCAACUACUAAAUCAUACGGAUACCAUUGUUCCUGUAAAGUAAUUCAAGUUGUUGAUAAAUCCGGAAGCUCAGACUAUUCAAUUUUACUGUGCAUUUUCCUUUCCUCGGUAAAA